AAUACUUUCAUUCUAAUUUUCUUCUUCUUUUCCUUUUUUAUAUUUUUUUUUCCUUCCUCCCAUACCUACUUCGUUUUACUGAAGAACCAUUCCUUUACUUAGUGACACUUCCUUUCACACUGUCGAAGACAACUUAAAUAAUUGAUUCCGACAAACUAUUUCUCAACACGUUUAUCUAUCUACCUUGAUAUGGCAAAGUCUAUUCUACGCUGGUUUCUUUUGACUAGGAUUGUCUUGUGUCUAGCAACCAACUUCAAUGUGUUAUCCUUUGAUUAUAUUCAACGAUUUAAAAAGCCUGUAGAACUUGGGGAAUGUGCUUAUAGAUACGUCACCCUUCGUGGUAAACAACAAGUUUUUCACCAAGAUUGUGCAUUCUAUGAAAUGGGGAAAUCUAAAUUUGAAGCAAGUAAUACCAAUGAUUCCUUCAUUGUAAGCCUGAAUGAAGAAAAUCUACUGACUCACAUCAACUUGUGUGAUGGUGAUGCUGCCUCGUACAUGGGGCUUUUAUAUGAAGGAGAAUGUUUAGCAGUGGAAAUUGGUAAUAUGAUAACAUUCAACCAAAGUACCUACAUCAGAGCUUUCGUGGAGAAUUACAGAACAGGUAUCGAUGAACUGACUGUUGACUGGCGACCUUUUGAAGGCUUCACACAUUACUAUAAACAGGUUUAUUACCUGCAGACACGUAGUUACGGUACCUAUGAAUUAAUUAUUGCUCAGAUGACAUUUGAAAACAACAUCCAGAGAAAUGCUGCACAAAACCUUGGAUUAACACCACCAUUAUUGUCUGACCAAAUGGAAGUCAUAAAUGAAGCUGUUGGCACACCACAGCACAUUCGGCUCAUUAGAGUUUCCACAGCAGAAUAUAUCAAAGAAAUCAAGGAUUAUAAUGCUGAAAAUUUCCCUGAGGCUCUCUACCAAAUCAGAAGUUAUGAAAAUGAUGUUCGACGAAUGAGAAAAAUGGUUAAAGAAGAUAAAAGCAAACAUCAUCUGGAGUAUGAAUUCCACCCUUUUGCAAAUGCUGUCCCAGAAAAAUCACUAACCACUCGGUCCCGGCGCCUUUGGGAAAAUGUCACUCAAAUGGAAAUUCAAACAGGAAAAGCUAUAUCAGAAGCUGAACAUGCAACUGAGCGAUGUAAAAGGAAGAAGAAGAAACUAAGGUUUUGUCAGAAAAUUGAAAAAAUUGCGAAAGGCCUGAAGAGAUUACAUCGUCAGCUGCAUAAUGUUCGGUCAAGGUGGUAUUAUUUGAACAGUACAAAACUGGUGAAUGUCACAAGCAAUCGGAGUUUACGUUACGAUCAUUUAAUGAAAUCAUUCGAAAAUAUCCUUCAUACAUGUGACAACUCAAAACCACACAAAAAGCGAAGGAAACAUAGACGAAAGUCAAUAUCUAGUGAAAACCCCAAAUGAAUCAGAUUCACUAAAAAGUUAAUGAUUAAACUUUAUAUAAAAUCAGAGAGAGAGAGAGUACAAGGAAAGAGGAGAGAGAGAAAGAGUGAGAGAAAGAGAGAGUAAAUGAGAAAGAGAGAGAAAGCAAGAGAGGGAGAAAGAAGGCUUUCUACAGUUGUUCAGUGUUUGAAAUGGAAACCAAACAAUGAGAAAAAGAGAGUGGGGGUGUCUGUUACAUUCAUUAAUGACUAAACAUCAACAAUAACCAAUACUUCAAUGAUUUUUGUUUCCAUUCAAACAACUUAAUUACACAGCUCUUAACUCAAGGAGUACUUCCUUUGACCCAGAAAACUCUAAUUAUUCAAUUAUAAUGGGUUUUAUCUCUUUAAAAAGCUUUUACUAAAAUAUAAACAACAGGUUUACAGUUUGGACAAUAUUAAUUCUGCAACAUUUCCUUUUUUAAAUAUCCACUAUGAAUAAUUUUUUUCCUCUUGACUAAAGGAUCAACUAAAAUUCUUUAUUGCUAACCUAAAAACAACCAGAAAAACUUUCAAAAUAUUUAUAAUUAGUAUUAUUAUUACAGCUCUUGUUAUCAUCUUACCAGAAAAUCACACACACACACACACAUACACACACAUACACACACACACACACACACACACACACACACACAUAUAUAUAUAUAUAUAUAUAUAUAUAUAUAUAUAUAUACACACCAUUUAAAUGCAAUCUGUGUUAUUUAUAUAUAUGGCUUUUAUGAUGUACAGUUGGUGCUGUGCUAAUUCUGGACAACUUAAACAGUUCUUUUCUGUUUCUAACAUCCAAAUUCAAAUUAAAACUAAGUUAGAAAUAUUUUGGACAUGGAUUAUUGAUUAUUUUAAUCUUUUGGUCAUGAAUACAAUAAUUUCCUGCUAUUAUCCUUUAAACAUUGUACAAACACUUGAAGUAAGCCUCUAUCAUACAAAGACUUAAAUCUGAUAAAACCAUUUUUAUUUCUAAUUAACUAUUAAUUCAAAUCAAUUCAACAUUUUGUAAUCCAUGGACAACAUUAUAAAUUAUAAAUAUUAUUUAAUCAGUAGUAUUUGUUGUAUUUUAUUCUACAGCUGUGUUCAGCUGUAGAAGCAAAAUCGUUUGCUUCUAUAUUUUCUAUUAAUACCAGAGAAAACAGACAAUGUAUGACUGGCUCAAGGUUAAUCCUCUAUUCCUUUUGUACACUUAAUUUUUCAAUAUGCAUUUUGAAAAUUUGCAGACAUUAAUAAUUCCUCUGUAUUCUGGUCAGCUUUACGAAGAUAGGACUUGAUCAAUAAAUUCAUUGUGUACUAUAUAACAGUUUUUAAUAGUUUGAAAUGUAAGCUAUACCUUUUGAAUUCUGUGAAAAGUAACCAAAGUGGUUACACUGUAGAAGAUGAGAAGAUGGGGGUCGUCUUUCUUUCUCUAACGACGCACUAUGAAGAGUAAAAACUAACCAGACUGAUCUUAUGUUUUCUGCUCACAGAGCGAUAUGAUCAUUUUGUUUAAAAGUAUGACUUACAUUUCAAAAUAACUUUAUCACUCUUCAUUCUAAAAUUUCCAUCACCUCAAUAUUCAGUGUUCUUCACUUCCAUAAUAGUGUCACUUAAAACCGUACCCUUUUCUAACUUGAAUAAAUGUAAAAUAAUAAAAAUGAAUAACAAAAA